UGGCGCUUUUUAGUGUGGAAAAGCAUGGCAUUUGAUGACUCCAAAGUCCAAAGUCCAAGGAUUUUGAAACAUAUCAGCAAGCAGACACUCACUGGACUCAUUUUGUUUAACUACAGUAUGUCUUCAGCUGAUCAAAAUUCAACAAGAGCCUUUUGCCUGGACUCGUACUAUGUUUCAGAAGAUCUGGGAUUCAUUCUGCAUGACCCUUUGACAGAGCUCCCACUGUACUACCAGCCAUGGAUGGAUAUAGUCCUCCAUCUCCCAGAGCUGGUGCACUCCCAUGAGCUGCGUUCUCGUGUGAGCAGGAUGCCACUGCUGAGCAGCCAGUAUCUGCAGACACACAGAGAGCUGCGGCUGGCCCACCUGGCUCUAGGCGCUACAACCAUGUGCUACGUCUGGCAGGACGGAGAGGACAACACUGUCAAAGUGCUGCCACGAAACCUGGCUGUUCCAUAUUGGGAGGUGUCACAGAGAUUAGGUCUUCCCCCUAUCUUCAUACAUGCUGAUGCAGUCUUGGCAAACUGGAAAAAACGGGAUCCAGAAAAGCCCUUUGACAUGGAGAACUUGGAUUUGGUGGUCAGGUUGCCAGGGGGAGAAAGUUUGAGGGGUUUCUUUAUGGUCACUCUCUUGGUGGAGCUUGCAGCAAUUCCAGCACUCAAGAGCAUUCCUCAAGUGUUCAGGGGAGUGAGCUGUGGGCACACUGAGGCUGUGGCCCGGGCUUUGCAGGACAUCAGCAAGUCUAUACACGACAUGACUGAGGCAUUCAAACUUAUGCAUGUGUAUGUGGAGCCUUCUGUUUUCUAUGGUGUUAUAAGGAUCUACCUGUCUGGUUGGAAGGACAAUCCCAGCAUGCCGAAUGGUCUAAUCUAUGAAGGAGUGCAGUCUGAGCCUAUGGAGUUUUCUGGAGGGAGUGCGGCACAGAGCAGCUUAUUGCACUGUUUAGAUGAAGUUUUUGGCAUCAAGCAUGAGGACAAACCUGGAGCCUUUCUCAUCCGUAUGAGGGACUACAUGCCUCCUGCUCAUAGGCAAAUGAUCGAGGACAUCUCUAAACAGCCAUCCUUAAAUAAUUUUGUACGAGAACAAUAUGACAAAGAGCUAAACCUGGCCUUCCAGCUUUGUGUGACCAAGUUAAUUGAGCUUCGAAACUACCACAUAAACAUAGUGAGUCGCUAUAUAACAGUACCUGCUGCCCGUGCCCGCCAGUUACGUUACGAGAAGAAAACUAAAGAAGAAAUGAUCAGUAAAGCACCCACGGCCCUGGAGGAGAGAGGAACAGGCGGCUCCAGCAUCAUGAGCUUUCUUAAGACAGUCCGGGACGAAACUAAACAGGUCCUCCUACCUGUCAACAAGAAUUAGGUUACUGUUCAAAUGACGCCUUUUGGACAGAGGAUCAUCAAGCUGCAUCUGGCUUUGUUCAAACCUCAACUUAAUAGGCUUGACAGACAGCCAUAACUUAGCCCAAACCAUAAUUCAAACCAUUUCUGUUACUUUCCAUUAAGUUUGACCACUAAUUUUAUCUUCAGGCUCAAAUGCAAUGAACAAAUGAUUGCAAAAUGAGAGAAAAUUGCUCACUGUCCACGAAAGGCAAAUUCUUAACCUUGAAACUGUACAAGUUAUAGUCUGUAUUAUUCAUCUUGACUUUAAAGUGCUUUUGUACCGUUAUAUAAGUUGUAUAGCACAACCCAAGACCUUCACGCUGUCUUCUACAAGCUGUCAUUGUUCAGGAAGUAAUCUAAAGCUCUAAGUUGCUUAUUUAGGCUCUGCCCCUCCAACAUAAGUUGUCGUACAGAUAUAAAAUCUUGGUAGUUACAAACCUGAUCAUUUUAUAAAAUGAAAUAAAUGAUAAAAUGCAGUAUAACUUUAUUAGAUUUAGUAGUAUUCUUUUCCAUGCACAGCUUAGCACUGUAUAUCUUAAGCAUUAAAAAGCUGUAAACAAACAAAACUAUGAUCAGCCAAAUGUCCUCACAAUGAACUAUUGAUGUUUUUGAAACACGUCUCUAUAAUCUCACCUAAGAAUCAUCCUGUAAUUCUUCUAGAUCCACUUUGAAACACAAUGUACAAAGCGAUGGCAAGGUGCACUCCUUAUCAUCAUGGUUACCUCAGCACUCUCUCCACAUCUUAAACCCGCGUCCAGCCUCCACUUGCCCCAAACACUUCCACCUGGGGCAGACAUAAAGAAUGGAUUGUACUAAGAAUGUCUCAUACCGUGUAAUAUUCUGCUUUCACCGGUGUUCCAUUACAAUAGCAGGAUUGUGAGAUCAGAUAAGGUGCAUGAUGUGCACCAGCCUUUUAGCUAUAUUCUGUGUGACUUAGAGCCUUUUUUCUGUACUGCUUUGAGUCUUAAAGUCUUCAUGGAGUGUCAUUUCAAUAAAGGUGCAUCAUGUAACUUCAGGUGGAGGGUCCACCACCUGCUUGUCUCCAUUGAGAUGGUAUUACUUUACAUGCAAUGUUCUACAGUAUGGCAUUAAACUGUAGUCGUAAUAACAUCUCUAUGGAGACAAACAGGAUGCAGACCUCUCACCAGAAAAGUUACAUACUGGCUUUUUAAUUUUUCCUGGUUCUAUGUAUUUUUAUGCUUUCCUUUUCAUUCUUAAAUAAUAUAAUUGUUAUGAUUUGUAUACAUUAUCAUUAAUUUGUGCUUUAUGGUGUCUGUAUAGUAUUGUGCAGAAUGAUUUGUAUUGGGGUAAAAGGUGAGGAAAACUACUUAGAGAUUGAGCGUGAAGUGGGCGGUGAAGCAGACAAACAGUGUGUUCACAUGUCACAAAGAUCUGAUUAGAGGCUCCAUUCACGGCCAAAGCAAAUAAUCCUUUUUCCUUAUUGCCCAAGUGUGGAGGACUCCCUGACAACUGCAGCCAAACAACAGACCAUCUCCAAGGAUGUCUUCAUUGUGUGGCUGAGGCUGACGUUUCACCUCCACU